CCACAUUUUGUAAUCACGUGGUCUACGUUUUCUGCGGUAUGUGAGUGUCGGCUCGAAGCAGCGGUGGAGGAAAAUGUGGCCUGUCGGGUGACGUAUUAUUGGGCUCGCUCACAACCAUCUCCACCUUGCUAGAAAGUGCUGCACAAGACGUCCGGGAUGCACGAGUCCAUUCACGCACCCAACCUAGGUGGCAAAAGCGCAGUUGCAGUUUUCGUCGCAGUUCUGCUGGCCUUUGUCGUGGAGACUCAACUCACGCAGUACCUACAAACGACCCUGGAGUAUAGGCAGUCAUAUUUCAUCUUCUAUAUCGUCCAUUCCUGUUUCUCGCUUUCUUUUCCAAUCCACUUGAUCUACCUGCUCUCCACAACCGAAAACGAGCUACUGCCGGUAACACUCGGGCUCCGCUUCGCAAUCAUGCGGCAGUUGACUUCCAGAUCCGAAGGACAUGUAGACAUCCGGCACAGGGCAAUUCCCUUUGCCAAGACAGCAUUCCUGAUCGUUUCACUCACUGUUUUCUAUAGUUCACCCGCUUUACUAUGGUUUGUUGCGGUUCCCCUGGCUUCUGUCACCGAUGUAACUGCUAUAUGGAAUGCCAACGCAUUCUUUACGUAUGUUUUCAGCGUGAAGUUACUUGGCCUGAAAUGGGGAACCUUUCGGCUACUGGCAGUCUGCCUCGCAACUUUGGGUGUCAUCACUAUUGUAUAUGGUGGUACCGCAGCAUCUUCACCUGGUCCUGGGUCAGCCGUAACGAGCGCAGUCCACCAGCCUGCACCCUUCGUUGGUGACAUGCUGACUCUCGUGGCAUCUCUUCUCUAUGCGCUCUACCAAGUGAUCUAUAAGAAAUACAUCGCAUUACCCACAGAUUCUGAUCUGACCUCCGAGCCCGCGAAUUGUCAAGGACUAUACUCUGCAGACGAUGUCGAUAAUGAAAUACAGUCUUGUCCUUUGUUGAAGGAUGAGAUCGUAUAUCCGCCGCCGUUCGGGCUGCACCCAAACCUGAUUACAGCUUCCAUGGGAAUGUGCACCUUACUUGUCUUGUGGAUACCCAUACCCAUCCUUCACUAUUACGGACUAGAAGAAUUUCGGCUACCAACUCGCCCGGACAUUCUAACGGCUAUAGCCGGUAUCGCCGCAUCGGGUGUAAUUUUCAAUGCUGGCUUUAUGAUCCUUCUAGGAAUCUGGGGUCCAAUAGUAACAUCAGUGGGGAGCCUCAUGACCAUAGUCCUCACCCUUUUCUCGGACAUGUUCUUUGGGACAGUUGCGUUGACAUUCGGCGGAUUGGUGGGAACUGGUAUGAUAGUUGGAGCAUUCGCCAUGCUUGUAUUUGACAUGUCAUAACAUCCACUUGUAAGUACAUUGAAGCCCAACACUAGAUAUAGAUGUACGGGACAACGUUGCCUACAACCAGUUGUCUUUAUAGUGCCAGAGCCCACGCUCCACCAAUA